AUGUUUUCUCUCUUAUUCUCAGAGUCAAUCUCUUUUCUCGCUUGUUUUAAUCUUCUCUUUUUUUGUCUCUCUUACAGUUUUAGUUUUCUCUCUUAUUCUCAGAGUAGUUCUCUCUCUCACUCUCUCACCUGUUUUAAAUUUUUCUUUUUUUUAAUUUUUCGUCUCUGUCUUACAGUAGAUCUCUCUCUCUUUCUCACAUGUUUUGAUGUUCUCUAUUACCCCCAGAAUAGUUCUCUCUCUUGCCUAAUCUCUCUCUCUCUCUCUCUCGUUCUCUUCUUCCCUUUCUUAAUCACUUCAUAUUCACAAUGUUCUAAGUUAUACAAUUCUUUUAUUUCUCUUCUUUCCUUGCUCAUUCUUAAUAUUUCUUUGAUCACUCUCUUUAUUUUUCUUUCUCUUUGUCCCAAAUCAUAUUUAUGUUCCUAUUUCAUUUGUUUAUUCUUACUCUCUAUUUCUCUUUCUCUCUCUUGA